AUGGCAGGUCUCUCCAUCACAUCAGCCCUACUCUCCCCCAUCAACAAGCUCCGCGGGAAAUCGAAUCCAUACCAGAAACAAUACACCGCCCCCAAACCCCCAGCCCCAAACACUGAAUUCCCCGUCUCAGCCCGUCAAGCAGCCAACCGCAACCCCGUGACCGGAACCCAACAACAGCCCACACACCCAGAACCCCCUCACACCGACCUCCUAGCCGAAGCCCGCCAAGCAGCAGGUCGCAACCCCGUAACCGGCCGCCCACAGCCCGUUGUCAACAGCAAGAAAGGCAAGAAAGGCAAGAAGCAGAAGAUGAUGUCGUUGGAACAACAGCAACAAGCGGCUGAAGAACAGAAAGCCGCGUUUCUGGCUUGGGCGAAGAAACAUCCGCGGGAGGGGGGGAGGCCGUAUGAGAGUUAUGAGGCUUUUGUGCAGGAGAUGGUGGCGAAAAGAACGGGGUGUGUGGAGCAGAGGAUGGGGGUGGGAUAUUAUGCGCCGGAGAGGAGGGUGGGGGAGUAUUAUGCGGGUGGGGUGGGGGAGUAG